GUCCUUUGGCUCUCCUCUUCACCUGGCACUGCAUCUAUAAAAGGGGGAUGCCCGUCCUCUUUCGAGUCGUCUUCUUCUCGACAGGCAGUCAGGCACCACCAGAUAUUCAUCCACUCCACCCAUCAUCACCAUCACUUGAGUAUCCGAGUCUCCAACAUGCGCCUGUCAAGCAUUCUCGUCCUCCCCUUCAUCGGCCUGGCUGCGGUCCAUGGCUUCACCGUCCCCCAGGCCCAGGGCCAGGCUAACGGCGUCUACGAGGUGUCCCUUGACGAAAACGGGGAAGAGGUGCAUACCCUCGUUGCGGCGGCGCCCAUCAACGCGACUGAGCUGGCCGAGCUUGCUGCUCAAAGCUCGGACGAUAUCAGCCGUGACUCGACUUCUUUGAAGCGCACCUCGCGCAUUCAGAGGCGCGCACACGACCACACCAGCUGUGGCGGCUACGGUCUCAACCGUGACAGCACCGAUAGGGCCGUUCCGAUGUUGGAGCGUCAGUGCUACCCAUCGCGCGAUGGCGCCAUCAGCGCGGGGAGGUCUUUCUACUAGUACUCGACGUGGGGCGAUGUUGUCGCCUACAUCCGCAACUUCAGCCGCGAGGGCCACCUGUGCAGGGCGCCGUAUCUCGGCGAGACCUGGGCUAGAAUCACCAGCGUCAGCGGGCUUUACCAGGCCGGAUGGCGCGACCACAAUGCCAACGAGGUCAACGGCUGGACUGGGGUCGGGUAUGAGCACAUCGACGCCAGUUUCUGCGGCUGGGCAGAUAGGGGCAGAAUACACUCACAACGGCCGAGCGAGAAUCAGGGUUCAUGUUUCUGCAUCUCUCGAAUGCAGCACCUGUGUCCUGUGGUGGUGGUUCCCAUCCAGUUGGGUCGCAUGAAAACUU